GUUCACGGGUUUAGGGCUUUUCUUGUUGUGUGGGAGCAUGGUGUGGUUCCAGUGUGACGAUUGCGACGACAAUCUCAAGAAGCCCAGCCUCCCCAAUCACUUUCGACGCUGCCGCGCCUCCGGAUUCUCUUGCAUUGACUGCGGGGCAAAAUUCGAUCGCCAAUCGGUCCAGCAGCACACACAAUGCGUGAGUGAGGUAGAAAAAUACGGUCCCAAGGGCGUGGCGGCGGCGGCGAAGAAGAAUGGGAAGAACAGGGAUGGCGGAGCAGUGGCGGAGGAGAUUGUCAACAUGGGGCUGUCAACCCGGCCGCCAUGGUCGUGUAGCUUGUGUCACAUCAAGGCCACAGGUAGGGAAGUGUUGCUCGUCCAUGGCCAGAGCAAGCGCCAUGGAUCCAAGGCCAGGGCCGCCAUCGCCGCCAGGAACCCACCCGCCGCCCCAGCCGUAAUCGAGCAAGAGUCCAAGGAUCCAGAGGAGGAGCGCCCGAUCCAGCAAGAACUCUCGAAAGAUCCGGCAGAGAUGCCAGCGAGGAAGAAGAAGCGCGAGAGGGAGGGCAAAGAGAAUGAGAAUUCUUCCAGGGAGAAGGGCGCGAUCAAACAAGAACCCAAGGAGCCAGUGAAAGAAGAGGGCAAGAUUUCCAUGGAUUUCUCGAAGGUUGUGAGGUGGCGGAAGCUCAUCUCUCGGGAGAUCAAGAAGAGCUCGGAUGGGAGCGUGAAGAGGAGGAAGCUGGAGAAGGCAGUGAUCCCCGCGGCAAUCGAUGUGGUCAAGGCGGCGGGGAUGGAAGCCGACGCUACCGUGCUCAAGCCACUGCUGGAGAAUUACCUCGCUUCCACCAAGAAGUUCUCGCUCCAGGGCAAGUCUGUGCACAAGGUCGCCAAGCACGAAUGAAGAUCAAGCAAUAGCUCGAAAUUUUGUUCUUGCUAGAAGAUCGUCCGGUGGAUCAAUCUUACACGGGUUUAUUGUUCUUCA